AUGACAAUUGCAUUAGUUAUUUUGUGGCAUACUAAAUUAAAACCAUUUCGAGAUUAUGCUGUAGUUAUUGAUGCUGGUUCAUCUCAUUCAAAAAUUUUUGUUUAUUCAUGGCCUACAGAUAAAUCAGGCGGACUUGGAACAACAUCACGAAUUAAACAAGUUAAAUCAUGUUCUGUCACUCAUGAACCUAUUACAACAAUUGUAAAUGCAACACAAGAUAAUGUUAAAAACUAUUUUGAUUCAGCUAUGACUACUUGUAUCAGCAGUAUUCCAUCAACACGAAAAAGUCGAGCAUUAAUCUUUCUUGGAGCAACAGCUGGUCUUCGUUUAUUAAAUAUCACAGAUCCAGCAUAUAUUACUCGUUUAUUGAAUAGUACUCGUGCAUAUUUUAGUACUCUUAAACUUCGAUUUCGUGAUCCUAUAAAUCAAGUACGUAUCAUAAGUGGUAGCGAAGAAGGUUUGUCUGGAUGGAUAUCAACAAAUAUUCUACUAAAAGAACUGUUUAAUAAAAGCAAACCAUUAGACACCUUUGGUGUCCUGGAUAUGGGUGGUGCUAGUACUCAAUUAAGUUUUAUAGCUCCUAAGGCAACUAAAGAGCGAUAUCGAAUGAAUCUAUUUGAUAGAAACUAUGAUGUAUAUUCACAUUCAUAUUUAUGUUAUGGGCAAGACCAAGCACGUCUAGUUUAUCAAGGAAAAUUAAUAGAACAAGCUAAUGGAUCUGUGUCUAUACAUGAUCCAUGUUUACAACGUGAUUAUAUUGAAAAUAAGACUUAUAAUGAUAUAUUCAGUACAGCUUGUGCUCAUGGACAAAAUGAAUCUUCUGUAUAUUUUAAUACAUCAUCAAUAUUUUCAUUUAUAGGUACUGGUGAUUAUAAAGAAUGUAAAAGAAUUAUGAAAGAACGUUUUAAUAAUUCAUCAUGUUCUUCAUCAACUUGUAGUUUCAAUAAUGUCUAUCAACCAGUACCUAUUUCUUCAUCUAUAAAAUUUAUCGCUAUGGCAGCAUGGUACUCGACAUUUAGUAGAUUAGCUCCAAAUGUAGCUAUAAAACCUAAUCACGAUGGUAAUUAUAAUUUUACUUCUAUUAAGUUAGCAGAUAUCAAACAUGCUAUCAAAGCAAUAUGUAAACAAUCAUGGUCACAUGUACAUAAACCAGAUAAACACAGACCAUUUUUAUGUUUUAAUUCGAUGCACGAUUGGACACUGUUUCAAUAUGGUUAUCAUAUGACUGAUGAGAAUUUAAAAAAUCUUCAAAUUAUUAAAACAAUUCAUUCAAAUGAAAUUGGCUGGACAUUAGGUUAUAUGAUAAAUCAAACAAAUCAUUUGGAUCCCAAAUAUCGGCCAACACGUUUAUUAACAAAAAAAGGAUUUCAUGGUUUAUUAGUUUCAUGUAUUUUAUUGUUGAUUAUUAGUUUGAUCAUAACGGCUAGUCUCAGUAUGGUUCGGUGGUAUCAUAUAGCAUUAGUCUUAGCAACGGUUGUUGGAUUUUUAUCACUUGCUGCUGUUAUUACAAUGAUUGUACUUUGGUUUAUUAAACUAACACCAUUUCGAGAUUAUGCUGUAGUUAUUGAUGCUGGUUCAUCUCAUUCAACAAUUUUCGUUUAUACGUAA